GUUCAAUAAAAAUUCAAAGGAUGCCAGCCCUGCACUUGAGUCUGCCAGCGAGUAGCCGAGCAGCGCUUCUUUAUCAGCCGGAGGUCCUGCUGGGAGUCGACGGCUUUGUUCUGCUGGAGCUCAGACACCAACCGGAGCCAAGAUGCCCAAAACGGUCAACGUUCGCGUCACCUCCAUGGAUUCAGAAUUGGACUUUUCCAUCCCUAAAAGCACCACCGGGGGGCAGCUCUAUGAGCAGGUUGCCAGAACCAUCGGUCUGCAGGAGACGUGGUACUUCGGGCUGCAGUUUGUCGACAACGAAGGAUUGCUCAAGUGGAUCAAAGAUAGGAAGAGGGUGACGGAUCACAAGGUGAAGAAGGAGGUUCCGCUGCAGUUCAAGCUGAGGGUGAAGUUUUACCCGGAAAAUGCCGAGGAGCUGAUCCAGGACUUGACCAGGAAGCUCUUCUUCCUGCAUGUGAAGGACCUCAUCCUGUCCGACCACAACUGCUGUCCCCCGGACACGGCGGCGCUGCUGGCUUCCUACGCCGACCAGGACAAGGAGGAGGCCAUGAUGGAGUACCUGAAGAUCGCUCAGGACUUGAAGAUGUUUGGCGUCACCUACUUUGAGAUCAAGGACAAGACGGGAACUGACAUGUGGCUGGGAAUCGACGCUCUGGGACUCAGCGUCUACGGGAAGCUCAACAGGCUAUCUCCAAAUCUUAGACUUCCCUGGACUCAACUUAGCAACAUUUCUUACACCAAAGCGGAAUUACGCAUCAAGAUGCUGGACAAGAAUGCUCCUAAUUAUGUAUUUUACUCCUCUCCCUUGAGAACCAACAAGCAGAUAAUUGAACUGUGCAUGGGCAACACACAACUGUACAACCGCCGCCGCCAGCUAAAACCGAACCCACAUCAUGAGGACGGACGGUAGUGGGUUUGCAGCGAGGACGUUUGUGAUUCAAGAUCUGCGCUGACCCUUCAGUAACCAUCGUGGACGGCUCUCCAGCUGCACGAGGUUAAUCAGUGGACGCCUCUCUUGAGUCCAUUAAUCAUCUGACGUUACAAAUCUGAACAGCACUUUCUCCAUUCCAGGGUCAGCACAUUCAAAUUCAAGCUCAUGCCUCGCAAUGAGCAGAAUUAAUUUUAUUGCUGUGAAAUCCUGCUUUUUUAAAAAAAAUUUAACUUCUUUAGGCAGAUAAAAAGCAACCGCAAAGAGCAACUUGGAUGAUUUAUACUUGGUUAUGUAGAAAAAGAUGAAAGUGGGAGGAAAGGCGAGAAGAUGAAUUUGUCGAAAAAGUAGAAGAUGAGAUGUGAUUAUCUCGUGUUUCCUCUUCCUCCUAUUUUCCAAUGUCCUCUGUAGACGCAUGAAUAAAUGAAUGAAUUUCACUUGUAUUUCUCCAUCCAUCCAUCCAUCCUGUCAUCCCAUGACACUCGGCCUCCUCUCACUUAUUCCCAUUAAAGCUCCUGUCACCUGC